CUCCCCAGCUACAUCUUCUAUGACAACAAUUGUUCAUUGCUGCACCAUCUCUGGACUCAAAGGGACACUUACUUUAACAAAACAGGAAUGAUCAUGGAAACUUGGCAUGCCCAAAGCCACAAAAAGACAGAUGAAUUCUGCCACAGAUGGUGCCUCCCCUCCUGUUUUCCCAAGCUGAUGAAGCCAGGCAAGAAGGGGGGAAAGGAGUGGCAAUUCAAUGCCUCAGCCACAGAGCAAGCA